UGCACUGUUUCAGCCAUGCCGCAGUACGAAUAUGUGACUCGGGAGAUCGGCGUGCCUGUUUGCACCCUGACUGCUGCUGAUUGUGAAGAGCUGCUGCGUGGGCGACGUGCUGCGGAGCUUCCCCAGUGGGUGCCGCUCAAUGGCCGUAGAGCUGAGUUUCAGGUGCCAGAACUACCGGAUGACAACGUGGUGUUGCAAGUUCCUCUACCAAAUGGUAAGAAACUGGAGGUGCCCCUUCCGGAGAGAUGCAAAGAAGGAGACACGCUUUGUUUGCUUCAAAGGCAAGACGACACAUGGAAGGUGGUCCCCAAGAAGCAUCGCUUCUCCUUCGUGGUUCCUCCCUGCUGUAGCGGCGAUGUGCUGCGCUUGAAGCCGACGGAUCAUCUGGAGCUGAAUUUUGCCGUGCCGGAGAACGUCGAAGCCUUCAAUGUGGUGACGCUUCAGGCCGACGCAGAUGGCGCCUGGAACUUCCAGCAGUGCGCCGUGCUGCCACCGGAGACGGAGCCGCUGCCGCUGCCCGAAUGGACCAGCGGGCAAUAUCAAGCGAUCUUGGACGCCUUGAAAAGCAAAGGCUAUUUGGAUCGUCUAUGCCCAGACGAGUCAGGUGUUCUCAAUGUGGGCGUGCCAUUCUGUGGCCACUUUCACGAAUACAUCACCCUGGGCAAUUUCCUGGUGAAGCAUCGCUUGGAAAUGCCUGGAGUCCAGGAGUUUUCCAUCUUCGGUAUGGAACUCUUCGACGACUACGUCCGCGACUGGGCCCUGGCACAACGCUGGCUCUGGCGCCAGCACCAGAUCAGCUGUUGCAUCGAAGCGGGAGAUUUGGCGCAGGAUCCCACGCCCAAAGCGCAGUGGGUCAUCGGCAUUCAUCCCGAAGUCACCAAAGGAGGUCCGUGGUUUCGAAUCAUUGGAUCCUUACUGCAUAGCUGCCGUGGCCUUUGCUGCUUCGCCACCUUCUACGAAGAGGAGAAAGAUACCUUGCUGAACAUGAUUGACAUGUACAAAGUGGAGUGUGCCUCUGUGGAUGCCUUCGAGAAUCCCUUCUAUGCAGCCAACGAGUUGGGCUGCCAUCCUGCUAUGCGAUUCAUCGUUGUGGUGGACCAAUCCUGCGGGGAAAACAGCUACUGAAC